AUGGUGGCUGGGGGUUUUAUGAAGGGCAACUGGGGCCCGAACGGCGAAUACCGGGGCAGCCUGAUCGCGAUGGUGCAGGAACGACGUCAGCUUUGGGAUUUGCAGCAUUACAAUCAUCGAAACCAUCACCAAUCCUACAGUCAUUGGGCCGAUAUCGCGAAGGGGAUGUCUGCAAAGCACGGUCAUCCUUAUACAGCCGAGGAAUGCCGAAAGGUAUGGCGGCACCUCUUCGACUCCUACCGGCGAACGUUGCGGAAAACUGGGGGCGAUGGGCGUGGGUGCAGAUGGGAAUACUUUGACGCGAUGAACUUUUUGAAGCUUCAUGGACGGCUUGGCCCGAGCCGGGCUUCCCUUCCACCGUUGGGCGGCGAUCAGGAAUCGAGCGAAAAUAACUACCUGGAUGGCCUCCUGAACGACGACCAUUCCCGCGAAGACAUCUCCCUGAUGGAUGCCGAAUCAUUCGACAACCCGGGCUCCAGCGCUUCCCAAAUGCUGAUGAAUAUGUUUUCGGCUGAACCAAAUGAUCGCGACUGGUCCCCAGACUCGCAGAAUCUCUUCCAAGGCGAUGCCGUUGAUGCGGCCGCGGCAGCGCGAAAAUCCGAGAAUCGAGACAUUCCGGAAACACUGAACCUUGGAGACGACACUGGCCGACGGCAUCCCAGUUCCAAGGUGUGGAAACACUUCCAAAAGGUUGGGGCCGAAGAGGCGCUCUGCCGCUACUGCAGGGAGAUCGUGAGCGUGAAGAAGAGCAGCACGACGCAGCUCCAUCGGCAUCUGUCGAGGAUGCAUCAUAUAGACGCUGGGCGGAUUGAGCGGCAUUCAAAUGCUACGAAUGGUAGCUUCACGCCGUCACGAAUUCUGAAAGAAGAGCCAUACUUUGAUCUUCAAGACCCGUUCUUCAAUAAGAGUGACGGCAAUUUGGCGGGGGCUUCUGGCAGAGCACAAGAUCCGGAUUCCAUGUCGAUGACGCCCAGCUCGUCUACGACAAUAGCGGAUGCCGCCGACCUGAGCAAGCUGUUCGGAGGACAGAUUGGCACUGCCAGUGCGGCCAUGCCGAGCUCGUUCGUCCCGGAGGACUCAUUUUCGGCGCUGGGGCGUGUGUUCGCGGAGCGGAUGCGGAAGUUGGAAACUGUUGGAAGUAAUAGACUCGCCUCUUUUCAACUUCAAUUCGAUCGUUUACUCCUCAACCUCCAAGAAGAGAUCGUAAAACUCGAAGAAGAGAAAACUGCU